AUGCUGGGCCAACUCGUCGGUUCCGCCAUGCUCUUGGCCGCAACCGCGAUCUUUCUGUAUUACACGGCGUGGACAUUGUUGAUGCCUUUCGUGGAUCCCGGCCACCCUCUCCAUGACCUCUUCCCGCCCCGUGUUUGGGCCAUUCGCAUCCCCGUUAUCCUGACUCUCCUGGGCUCCGCUGUGGUGGGCACCUUCAUAAGCAUCGUGAUGAUCAACAGCAACAAAAAGAAGGCAGCCAAGGCCAAGGCUGCGGCGAAGAAGAAGACUUGA